AUGGGUUCGGUAACCAAGACUACAACUACCGAGACUUCUGGUCAAUUGGAGAUAACCAAGGAAGGAAAUAUCGCAACAUUCACAGAAAAUCUAGUCUACGAAACCGUUAAACUGGACGAAUGCGAAUACGAUCCGGAUUCAGAGACGUUUUACUAUCUCUGCCCAUGCGGGGACAUUUUCGAGCUCACUCUCGACUCUCUCAUCCAAGGAGAUGUGGUCGCUGAAUGCCCUAGCUGUUCGCUGAGAAUCCGUGUAGAACUCGAACCGGGUGAUCUGGACCCUUAUACACGAGAAAGAGGGAAUGCAAGUGUUGAUAAUUCUUAG